AUGUUUUGUAGCCUCAUCGUAUGCGCUCUCCUUUUCACUGCGCGAACAUACUCGCUUCCAUCACUUCUCAGGCUGACGCCGUACGCACCGACUCCUGCCACAUGUCCUGCAUCAGGUCUAUCCAGAGAAGCUAAUGGCUUAUCGGCUCCAGAGGAGGAGUAUCGACGCUCGAGAUCGAUCGUUGCCAACAAGGCGUUGAUGGAUUACUUCCACCUGUUAAGCGACCACCUUGAGGAGCCCUUCGACCUGGCCAACAUCGAAUUUCCUGCUCUAGGUCUGGCCUCAAGCGGAGGAGGUAUCGGCUCGAUGCUGAAUGGUGCUGGUGCCAUCCAAGCCAUGGAUGCCCGCGACAAGACUGUCAGCGACAAGGGCAGCAACAUCAGUGGUCUCUACCAGGCAGUCACUUACCACAGUGGAACCUCGACUGGUGCGUGGCUUGUGGCUGCGUUGGCCGGCAACGAGGAUUCCACCAUUGGUUCACUGCUGUCGGACUUGUGGAUGGCCGGGUUUGAUGACCCUUCAUUCAUUCCCACAAUGCAGCAUAGGCUACCAGCCAUGUACGCGGCUUUCAACUUGGAUCUGGUUGCCAAAUCAACUGCUGGCUAUACACCUACCCUGGUCGACACGCUGGGUAGGGUCAUCGCAUCCCAUGUGCUGAAAGGUGAUGAAUCACAUCAGACGCUCUCUGGUAUCGCCAACUCAAGUGCAUUCCUGGAUCACCGCGGCCCAUUUCCCGUCAUCACCGCUCUCAAUGUUGAUCCAAGGAAGAACAUCAGUGGAUGCAUACAUGCCGACCUGCGUUCACCUCAAUAUGAAUUUCAUCCUUUCGAAUUCGGCUCGUGGGACUCUGGCAUCAGAAGCUUCAGUAAAACAGCCUUCAUGGGAUCUGAAACAAUGGCUGGAUUUGCACUCUCUCCCAACACUUGUAUUCAGGGGUUUGACAGCCUGGGUUUCCUCGUCGCUGCGUCCACUGGUCGAUUCAACGAUUACUGUUCUGCCAUACCAGCCUCGAACAGAUUCAUGGGCCAGCUUGGAAAUCUGUACAACGACAUCAUCGGGAUGACGGGGAUGGUACAUGGCCUGUCUCCCAGAGAUGAGUAUGCAAUCAUCCCCGGGCCGUUUGCAUCGACUACGAACAUGGGCAGCUUGUCUUUGGUAGAUGGUAGCCAAGGUGGCGAAUCUUUGCCCUUGUGGCCGCUGCUUGUUGAUGCACGCAAUAUUUCGGUGAUCAUUGCUCUAGACUUCUCAACAAGUGCACAAGACUUCUUACCGGAUGGUUCCUCCCUCUAUAAUACCUACCUUCGAGCGCAACAGCUGGGGGUUUGGCGGAUGCCUACCACCCCAAAGCCCAGCAGUCUCGCAGACGAAGGAUCGAUCAAAUCACCCAAGUUUUUCGGCUGUGACGACCCGGACAAGGCGUUGAUCAUCUACAUACCGAAUUCAGCACACAUCCUCGGGACCAAUGCUCCGGAUUGGCAGCUGCAGUUCGACAGUACCAUGAUCAACCAACUGAUCGAGAACGGCAAUCUUGUGGCUACGAUGAAGGGCCUGGAUCAGUGGCCGGUGUGUAUUGCAUGUGCCAUCUAUUCGAAGAGCAGCAACUCGAAUCGGAUGCCGUCAAUGUGUGUCGAGUGCUUCGGGCGUUUCUGCUGGCGGGGCUGA